GUCAGCUCAGUGAUGGCGGAGGCCUACGACAACGACGCGAUGGUGAAUUAUCACGGCGAUUUCUCCAAAAGCGACAGAAAACACAGUCGUUACCCGCACUGCAUCGUGUGGACACCGAUCCCCAUCUUAUCGUGGGUGCUCCCCUUCAUUGGUCACAUGGGUAUAUGCACCUCUACUGGAGUCGUACGAGAUUUUGCAGGAUCAUACUUUGUCUCUGAGGACAACAUGGGCUUUGGCAGACCAACAAAGUAUUGGAAGCUUGAUGUUGAUAAAGUUUGUGGCAAUGGCGUUGCUACGUGGGACAAAGCCGUACACGAUGCAUCUGAGGAAUACAAAUGUAGGCCGCACAAUCUGUGUUUUGAUAACUGUCAUUCCCACGUGGCCAUGGCCCUGAACCUCAUGCGCUAUGACAACAGCACAUCUUGGAACAUGAUGAAUCUGUGUGUGCUGAUGCUCAUCCAUGGAAAACAUGUGAGCUGGCCAGGGUUUCUCAAGACCUGGCUCCCCUUCUUCAUGCUGUGCGGAGUCCUCGCCACGUUCAUCCUGACCUUCAACCUGCAGUAACGACCCCACCAGUGACGACUCACACACUUUGUUUGUGCUGUUAGUGGCUGUUGAAUUGAGCCACAUUUUGAGGCGAUGCUUGUUUGCCCACACGGUACCAAGCAGAGCACGUCAGAGUCGACGGCGUCUCUGCGCGGUAUCUCAAGGCAAAGCUCAGCUGUUUUGUUUU